CUUCCGCCGCCGCCGCGGCUGCCUCGUUGAUCCCUGAGUGGCGGCGUCUUCGUCUACCUCUCUGCACUAUGUCCGGCGGCCUUCUGAAGGCGCUGCGCAGCGACUCCUACGUGGAGUUGAGCCAGUACCGGGACCAGCACUUCCGGGGUGACAAUGAAGAACAGGAAAAAUUACUGAAGAAGAGCUGUACGUUGUAUGUUGGAAAUCUUUCCUUUUACACAACUGAAGAACAAAUCUAUGAACUUUUCAGUAAAAGUGGUGACAUAAAGAAAAUCAUUAUGGGCCUGGAUAAGAUGAAGAAGACAGCAUGUGGGUUCUGCUUUGUGGAAUAUUAUUCAAGAGCAGAUGCAGAAAAUGCCAUGAGGUACAUAAAUGGAACUCGUCUGGAUGACCGGAUCAUUCGCACAGACUGGGACGCAGGCUUUAAGGAGGGCAGGCAGUAUGGCCGUGGGCGAUCUGGGGGCCAGGUACGAGAUGAGUAUCGUCAGGACUAUGACGCUGGGAGAGGAGGCUAUGGAAAACUGGCCCAAAACCAGUGAGUGGUGAGAGCCCCAUCAUGAAAACUCAGUCCUUUGGCCUGUUCAAUUUGCCAUGCAUUACCCAAGGUCUACAAACCUGUCCACUUGUACCAUGCUUUGAUCAAGGUCUCUUCUGAGCUGGAAGCCUUUUCCUGGUUUUCCUUUGAAAACUAUUAAAGGACAGAAUCCAAAAGAAUGCCUUUAAAUCUAUAGUCUUACAAUCUUGGCCAUGUGUCAGGUUACCAGGUCAGAAUUUGUGUUCCAUGGCAACAGAUUCGAUCUAUGAUGUUGAUCUGUCAGCCCCAAACACCACACUUCUUUUAGGAAGAUGGAAAAAUUUUUAAAUGGAUAGUACGAUCACAGUCUACAUUGGGGCCUGGAAUUAUUAAAAAUCAGGUUUGCAGGAGAUAAAAUGUAAUAAAUGGGGCUUUGCUGUGUUGUACAGCUUUGUUCUGUUUAGAAGUCUGACAACUACAUUUGUUUCUGGGUUGAGUUCUAAUCUCUAAAGGCAAAUUUAGGAGUCAGGGCAACUUCCUAAAUUGUUGGAGCAAAAGUAAGCCUUAGACUGUAAGCCAGGGGAUACCACCAGCUUAUAUGCUAUAUGUAUUAAGACUUGAGUAUUUAUUAUUUUAUACAUUUUUCAAAAGAUGUGUUUUACUUAGAGCUACAGAAGGGUUUAUGCGUCAGACUGAUUUGUUUUCAGAAUGAUGUUAGGAAUGGACUGGGUUUAAAAAGGGCUUGAAGAUCAAGAGAACACAUAACAAGAACAAUCAGAAUUGCUUCCCUCAGGAAAUGUGUUUUGGCUAAUUCUCAUACUGAAGUCUGUCUUGUUUUUUCCUUAAUUGUGCUUACGGAGUGUCAGAGCCUGGACAGGGAGCUGAUGGUUUCUUUAGAGAAGGGAGUCUACAAAACUUAUUUUGUAUUCAUAAGGCAUAAGUUGAUUUCUCUAAUGUAACUGUUAGUCUAAUAUAAUUUUCCCUGACAUAUAAGUGAAAUUUUCUCAUCUAUCAACAAAGUAUCUCCUAACUUCUAAGGUUUGUGAGAGUUGGAGAUGAAGUACCUUAAUAGGAACAUCUUUCACAUUAAAGUAUAGGUUCUCUCAUUAAGUUCAAGUUGAUUACUUGGAUUAAGAGCUAUGACUAGCUGUAAGUGCAGAUGUUUAAUGAAGACAUAACACUUCAUUUGAAAUAUUUCUUUUACGCUGUACUUUGAAUUAACGUAUUUUAUAAUGUUGUAGUAAAACGUAACUCAGAUUUCCACAGA